AUGCAAAAACAGUCCUACUACGAUGCUCUCACCUUGAUUAACUCGCUUCUUCGCGAACUCAAACGGCUCGACGAUAAGCUUGUCUUGGUGGAAGUCCAGCUGCUAGAGUCGCGCGUAUACCAUGCUCUUGGAAACCAGCCGAAAGCUCGAGCUGCUUUGACAUCUGCCAGAACCUCGGCAGCGUCUGUUUAUACGCCACCAUUAUUGCAGGCUGGUCUGGAUAUGCAGAGUGGCAUGCUUCAUGCGGAAGAUAAGGAUUUCAAUACUGCUUACUCCUACUUCAUUGAGGCUCUGGAGGGCUACCAUUCCUUGGAGGAGGGAGGAAAGGCGACCUCAGCCCUCCAGUAUAUGCUUCUUUGCAAAAUCAUGUUGAAUUCCGUGAACGAUGUGAACUCCCUCUUGGCCUCGAAGCAAGCCAUUCGGUACGCAGGAACCAGUCUGGAAGCCAUGAAGGCGGUUGCAAAAGCACACUCGAACCGAUCGCUUGAAGAGUACGAACGAGCACUAUCAGACUACCGAUAUGAAUUGGGCAGUGACGUCUUCAUUCGAAAUCACCUCCGCCGGCUUUACGAUGCGAUGUUGGAACAAAACCUCAUCAAGGUCAUUGAGCCUUUCAGCAGAGUGGAGAUUGAUCAUAUCGCAAAGAUGGUUGGGUUGGAUACGCAGCAGGUUGAGAGAAAACUUUCUCAGAUGAUCCUUGAUAAAGUGAUCAUCGGCGUGUUGGAUCAAGGAGCAGGCUGUCUGAUUGUAUUUGAUGAGACGGAGCGGGACCGGGGUUACGAUGCUGCGCUGGAGACCAUCGAUAAGCUCAGCGGCGUGGUUGAUGUCCUAUACACAAACCAGGCGUCCUUGCUCGAGUAG